GUAGUGUAUACAAUAUACUAUGGUACAAUACAAUAUACAAUGGUGUACUUCAGUCCGAAACUGUGUACCAAAACAAAGAACUACCUGCUGAGCUCAGCACCACAGCUGCCAAGCAUGCACAUGAUAAUAUUACGCUGCAGCUGGAGAGCCUAAACCGCGCUGACGUCAAAGAAAUUGUUCAGCAGAUGUGAGUAGCGGCCACAGCUUGUCAGAAAUGUAGCAGUAGCCGUGCGGCUAACUUGACCGGCUCAUGAUUAAGAAGAGAACACGAACUGAUGGACAACAGCAGAAUAAAACAUAAUGAAAGACAUUGAUACAAGAGGGAAUGACAAAGAUGAUACCUGGUGUGAUGGGACAGAGAAUGAGGAAGAUGAGGUUCCCAUCAGAAGAAGUUUCUCUGUGGAGGAUCUUCUGGAUGAAGUGGAGAAGAUAAGCAAUGUUGCCUCGGGAGGGUCAAAGGUUGAGGUUGUGGUGAGGCUGUGGAAGGAUGGUUUCACACUGAACAAUGAUGAAUUCAGGAGUUACUCUGUCCAGGAGAACCAGGACUUCCUCGAAGCCAUCAAACGGGGUGAACUUCCUGUGGAGUUAGAGAGCCGGGCUGAAGAGGAGGAACUUGAGGUGAAUGUGGAAGAUCUGACAGAGGAGAUGUACGUCCCCAAGAAGAAGACCUUCCACCCCUUCAGUGGGCGAGGUUACAGGCUUGGGAGUGUUGCUCCCAGAGUAGUGGUCCGGUCUCCAUCGGUACAUGAAGAGGGGGAGUUUCCCCCAAUCCCCAUGGUAACACUAGACCAUGGCCUCCCUGUCACAUCUCUGCAAAUAUGGUUGGCUGAUGGCAGGAGGCUGGUGCAGAGAUUCAACCUAUCACACAGGAUCUGUGACGUUCACAGCUACGUCCAGCGCUGUCAGAGGAACAGCUCGCCCUUCAUCCUGACCACGUCCCUUCCCUUCCGAGAGCUCCUGGAAGAGGGGCUAAGUCUGCAGGAGGCGGACCUAACCAACGCUGUCAUCGUCCAGAGACCUCUCAACACGGAGGCGCCGUUCGGACGCUCCUGACCAAUAAGGACAGCGAACAUAAACCUUGAAAUCCCAGCCAUUGGUCUAGAGCAGUUUUAGGCAACUCAGGGUCCUGGAGGGACAGAAUACUUUGGGUUUUCAUCCUCUCCUAAUCAGGGACUGAUUUCAACCUGGGGAAGCCAGGUGAGUGCAAUUAACUACCAGGUAGAAAAAUAGAUUACUGAAGUGUUUUGUCCCUCCAAGAGCGAAGGUUCUUACCUCUGUUCUAUACCAAUAACAGCCCUUCACAUAGACAUUUUUCCUUGCAGAAACCUUGAUUCCAACCUAAAGUUAAAGGCAAUACUCACAUACAGUUGUUAACCUUUUUGUCUGUUCAUGGAAAUGUUGCUCCUACUCCAAGUCCCACAGAUCCUAAUGCAUUAAUCGAAACCUACUACUCCUUCAUGCCCUCUUAAACAGCUGAUGUUUGAGCAUCAUACUGCUUUAGCAUCAGAUGCCUCCACGUAGCAAUGGGAUGAAAUCCCAAUGUAGCCAAUUCAGCGCUAUCUUCCUAUGUGUGUGUUUGUGCAUGUGUGUGUGUGUGUGUGUGUUAGGGGCUGUUUCCUGUCCUAACUUGUCUUCCUAUUCUGUAGCUAACUAUUACCAAGGAUAUGAAACACUGUGAAUGUUAUUCCCUAUUGUAAAGUGCAUUAUGUUAACACUGAGUUGGCAAUUGGAGAUUAUUAAGCUGCUAUAGUCUAGUGCACAUAAAGGAAAUUCUUAAUCGUCACCAUUCCUUCUUCAUGGAAAAGUUGCAAUAACAUUUAAGUCACAAGUUCCAUAUUGCUACAUAUUUUUCCGGAUCAUGUUACUUGAAUAACGUGAAUAUGAAGGUAUGAAGGUAUGUAAUGACUAACGACUGAAGGUAUGAAGGUAUGUAACGACUGACUUCCAUACAUUAUAUGUACAGUAUAAUAUUCAUAAGCUUACGUCUUGCCCAAUAAAUCAAUAUAAUGUA